GAUGCACUGUGAGUCUUUCUCUUCGCUUUUUUCCCACUGACCCAAGGGAAGAGAUUAUCACAAAUUCAAUAUCUUUUAUCUAUUCAUCGCAAAAGGUCUUCCUCGUCAGCUUCUCUACGCAAUAAGCAAGUUACAUCUGUUGUACUUAUGGGACCUAAUGGGUAUAGAAGAGUAGGGAGACCGGACCAUUAUACCGAAGAAAAUGGUGGUGCAAGUCUAAUGCGUGCUAGUGAAGAAUUGGAUCCAUGGACUGCAUGGGCGUACAAGCCUCGUACUGUGUCUUUGCUACUUAUUGGUGCCUGUUUUCUUAUCUGGGCAAGUGGGGCCCUUGAUCCUGAAGGUGGUGCAGGUGAUCUUGUUACAUCUGUGAAGAGGGGUGUAUGGGCUAUGAUUGCAGUUUUUCUUGCUUACUGCUUGCUGCAAGCCCCUUCCACGGUCCUUAUUAGGCCACAUCCUGCAAUUUGGCGCCUAGUACAUGGAAUGGCCGUUGUGUACCUUGUCGUCCUCACAUUUUUGCUUUUUCAGAAACGUGAUGAUGCUCGACAAUUUAUGAAGUUUCUCCAUCCUGAUCUUGGCAUUGAACUUCCAGAAAGAUCAUAUGGCGCUGAUUGCCGCAUAUAUGUACCUGAGAAUCCCACGAGCAGCUUUAACAAUGUUUAUGACACACUUUUUGAUGAGUUUGUGCUAGCUCAUAUUAUCGGAUGGUGGGGUAAGGCAAUAUUGAUCCGUAAUCAGCCCCUUCUGUGGGUGUUGUCAAUAGGAUUUGAAAUGAUGGAGCUUACAUUCCGCCACAUGUUACCAAACUUCAAUGAGUGCUGGUGGGACAGUAUAAUUCUUGAUAUUUUGAUCUGCAAUUGGUUUGGCAUCUGGGCAGGGAUGAACACUGUCAGGUACUUUGAUGGAAAAACAUACAACUGGGUUGGUCUAAGCCGUCAGCCUAAUAUUGUUGGAAGAUUCAAGCGAACGUUGGGACAGUUCACCCCAGCACAGUGGGACAAAGAUGAGUGGCACCCCCUGCUUGGUCCAUGGCGUUUCAUUCAAGUUCUCAGUCUUUGCGUUGUGUUUUUGACAGUAGAGCUGAACACAUUCUUUUUGAAGUUUUGUCUUUGGAUUCCUCCACGGAACCCUGUGAUUGUGUAUAGGUUGAUAUUGUGGUGGCUAAUUGCAAUACCAACAAUUCGGGAGUACAAUUCAUACCUUCAAGACCGCAAACCAGUGAAGAAAGUUGGAGCAUUUUGUUGGCUUUCACUUGCUAUCUGCAUUGUUGAGCUUCUCAUUUGCAUCAAGUUUGGUCAUGGAUUAUAUCCUAAUCCAAUGCCUUUGUGGAUGGCCAUUUUCUGGAUGUCCGUUGCAGUGGCCCUCUUAAUAUUCCUCCUUGCUUGGUCUUGGCAAAUGCAUCAGAGUUUCGGUAGAAAGAGGCGAUGAUUUUGUUAUUGCGAUACAUCAUUCUUUGAUUCCUUCCUUUCCCUGAGGGUAUCCAUCAAUUGCUGUAAAUACCCAACACCGUUAUAAACUGUAAAUGCUAUAUUCUCCUAGGUUAGUGGAUCAGUCUCUUGAGCAUAUAGAGAUUAUUCUUACAUUAUAGGUUGUGGGAAAUGCUUGUAAUCUAAGGCUUGUGAGUUACUGUUUAGUUUGGUUUGCAGCUGUAACAGAAGUUUCCCCCUUUUCUUGAGCCUUUUUGGACCGCCCCGUUUUUCGUGUUGUAGUACAGUUUUUUUUUGUGAUACCUCAAAUUUUAACCCAUACGGAGAAUUUUUGUCA